AUGUCCUCCUCCGUCCCGGUAGUAGAUAUUCACACUCAUAUCUAUCCGCCAUCUUAUAUGGAGCUUCUCAAAUCCCGCGAUGAAAUCCCUUAUAUAAGACAAUUUCCUCCGGCGAAAGAACAUCGAUUGGUUAUCUUGCCAGCGGAGGAUACACCGAGUACAAGUAGAGGACGACCAAUCGGGUCUGGGUACUAUGACAUCUCGGAAAGAAUUGCUUUCAUGAACACCCACUCUAUCAGCACCUCGAUAAUCUCUCUCGCAAACCCCUGGCUCGACUGGCUUCCCUCCACCACCGCCCUCCCAACCGCCCUAUCAAUCAACACCGAAAUAAACUCCCUCUGCGCCCAGCACCCAACCCGUCUCUAUUUCUUCGGCACGCUCCCCCUAUCUGCCCCUCCCUCCUCAAUCCUCGAAAGCAUCACGCACCUCAAAACCCUCCCCUACUGCCGCGGCAUCAUCCUCGGAACCAGCGGACUGGGCUCCGGACUCGACGACCCUGCUCUCCUCCCCAUAUUCAAAGAACUAGCCGCCAACAACUUCCCCAUCUUUCUGCAUCCGCACUACGGACUCCCAACCUCGGUUUUCGGCCCCAGAGGAAAUGAUUACGGGCAUGUUCUUCCUCUCGCUCUUGGUUUCCCCAUGGAAACCACCAUCGCUGUUACCCGCAUGAUUCUCUCCUCUGUCUUCACUUCCGUACCGGAUCUGCAAGUAAUUCUCGCACAUAGCGGUGGUACCCUUCCAUUCUUAGCAGGAAGAAUAGAAAGUUGCAUCUUGCACGAUGCGCAUCUCAAAGCCGAAGGAAAAUUAUCCGAGGGCAGAAAAACUAUUUGGGAAAUCCUGAAGAAGAACAUCUGGCUCGACGCAGUAGUCUAUGGGGAUGUGGGGGUUCGGGGAGCAGUUGGUGUGAGUGGUGCGGAUAGAGUCAUGUUUGGAACUGAUGCGCCGUUUUUCCCACCGUUGGAUGAGGAGGAAGUGGGACAACAAUGGCUCAGUGUUUCCAUGAAUAAAGAUGCGAUUAGUAGCGCGUGUGGAGCGGGAAGUGAAGAGGAAAAAGCGAUUUUGGGAGGUAAUGCGAUUCGACUUUUUGGGUUGGAUUUGGAUGCUUCUGGGUAG